AUGACAAGUUUAAAGCGCUCAUAUGCUACCGAUAGCGCUGCCUCAAACUUGUCGAGCAAGGUCUAUAUCCGUUCGACAAAGAGUGGCAAGGUUCAGAAAAUUGUUCGCGAGCUAUACUUGCGCGAGGAUAUUCCUUGCUCAUCAAGACUAUGCGCCCACUGUCUCGAGAUUGCCCCCACUGACUACCAUAACAAGGUCGCUCCGUUUGUGCUGUCUGAGACUCCUGCUGGAACAAAAUCAUUCCCCAAUGGCCACUACAUAAUUCCCGACACAAAUGCUUUCCUCACUGGCAUGGAUUUAUUUGAACUUGAGACCGCCUUCCACGAUGUCAUUGUUCUGCAAACCGUCCUGGAGGAAGUCAAGAACCGCUCUCUCCCGCUGUAUCAUCGCCUGAUCAGUUUGACCAAGAAUGACGGCAAGCGCUUUUACGUCUUCUUCAACGACUUCAGAUUGCAAACCUAUGUUGUUCGCGAGGACAAGGAGACCAUCAACGACAGAAACGAUCGCGCUGUUCGUCGUGCUGUUAAGUGGUACGCCGACCAUCUCGAGGAAGCCGUCAGCAAACGCAAAUCUAUCAGAUGCCCCUCGGUCAUCAUGAUCAGUGACGAUCGUGACAACCUUCGUAAGGCCAAGAAUGAUGGCAUUACUGGACUCUCAUUGCGCGAUUAUGUUUCUGGACUGGAUGAUGCGGAGCGCUUGUUGGACAUGGUCAGUUCUGGACAGGAGCAGAGAGUCGGCAAACAAACAAAGGGCGAGAUGCUGUACCCGGAUUAUUUCUCUGUAUCAAAAAUGAUUACUGGUGUCAAGGCUGGAACUAUGCACCAAGGAACCUUCAAUGUGUCGCCCUACAACUACCUGGAAGGAUCUGUCUUCGUCCCUGCGUUCGACAAGCCAUUACUCAUCAUCGGAAGAGAGAACAGCAACAGAGCGAUUUCUGGAGACAUUGUGGUUGUCGAGGUUCUGCCCAAGGAUCAGUGGAAGGCUCCUUCGUCAAAGAUUCUGGAAGAAGAGGUUGUCAACAAGAAUGACAAUGCUGACGCGGAUGAGGGAGAGGCGGUCAUUACGCAGCAGGAGAAGCGCGCACUGCAAGAAGAAGUCAAGAAGACGCAUGGAAAGAGUGCUGAAGGAAGGCCACAACCUACCGCUCGUGUGGUUGGUAUCAUCAAGCGCAACUGGCGACAGUACGUUGGUCAUGUCGACAAAGACUCUGUCAAAUCUUCGACGAAGCAGAGCCGUGCGCAGCAGACUGUCUUCUUGAUCCCCAUGGACAAGCGCAUUCCCAAGAUCCGUAUUCGUACUCGCCAAGCUGGAGAUUUACUCGGCAAGCGUCUGCUAGUCACUAUCGAUGCUUGGGACAGAGAGUCGAGAUAUCCUGUUGGUCAUUUCGUUCGUUCUCUCGGUGAGCUUGAGACCAAGGGUGCCGAAACCGAAGCUCUCUUGUUGGAAUGGGAUGUACAGUACCGACCCUUCCCCAAGACUGUCCUGGAUUGUCUACCCGCCGAGGGUCACGAUUGGAAGGUGCCGGAAGACAAGUCCGAUCCUGGCUGGAACAAGAGAAGAGAUCUUCGCGAUUUGCUAAUCUGCAGUAUCGACCCCCCUGGUUGUGUUGAUAUUGAUGACGCUCUCCACGCUAGGACGCUCCCCAACGGCAACAUCGAAGUCGGUGUACAUAUCGCUGAUGUCUCCAACUUCGUGAAGCCAAACAAUGCAAUGGAUCAAGAAGCAAGUUUGCGAGGUACCACCGUCUACCUGGUCGACAAGCGUAUUGACAUGUUGCCCAUGCUACUCGGUACUGAUCUCUGUUCUCUGAAGCCUUACGUCGAGCGCUUCGCUUUCUCGGUCAUUUGGGAGCUCACACCGGAUGCUGACAUUGUACGCGCUGACUACACCAAGUCGGUCAUCAAGUCAAGAGAAGCUUUCGCCUACGAGCAAGCCCAGAUCCGUGUUGAUGACCAAUCUCAACAAGACGAUCUCACCAAGGGUAUUCGAAUGCUCAUGAUGUUGUCCAAAAAGUUGAAGAAGAAGCGUAUGGACGCAGGUGCUCUGAACCUGGCAAGUCCUGAAGUGCGCGUUCAGACUGAGUCGGAGACCGCCGAUCCUGCAGAUGUGCAGACCAAGCAACACCUGGAUACUAUGUCGUUGGUGGAAGAAUUCAUGCUUCUCGCCAACACCAGCGUCGCCGCUCGCAUCUACGAAGCCUACCCUCAGACUGCUUUGCUACGUCGUCACGCUGCACCGCCAAAGACAAACUUCGAAGAGUUGUCAAAUCAACUGCGCGUGAAGCGUGGCAUGGAGCUACGGACAGACAGUUCUAAGGCUCUUGCCGACUCACUAGACACCUGUGUGGAUCCAUCAGAGCCAUUCUUCAACACUCUCGUCCGCAUCAUGGCCACUCGAUGCAUGAUGUCCGCCGAAUACUUCUGCUCAGGCACCCAAGCAUAUCCGGAGUUCCGUCAUUACGGUCUUGCCAGCGAGAUCUACACCCACUUCACCUCUCCCAUCCGUCGUUAUGCUGAUCUGGAAGCACAUCGUCAACUUGCUGCUGCCAUUGACUAUGAGCCUCUGGAUGCCAGUCUUCUCUCUAAAGCCAAGCUGGAAGCCGUUUGCAAGAACAUCAACGUGCGCCAUCGCAAUGCUCAAAUGGCCGGUCGUGCUAGUGUCGAGUACUACGUCGGCCAAGCACUCAAGGGCCGUGUCGUAGACGAAGAUGGUUUCGUCAUGCGCGUCUUCUCCAACGGUAUCGUCGUCUUUGUCCCCAGAUUUGGUAUCGAAGGCCUAAUUCGUCUGCGCGAUCUUGCCACUCUUGAACCUGAGAGCGAGUUCGACACCGAGAACUAUGUGCUCAAGAUCAAGGGCGAGGGUAUUGAUAGAAGUGUGGAGCUGUUCGAGAAAGUCAAGGUCAGAAUUUCGGAUGAGGCCGAGGAGAGCACUGGCAAGAGAAAGGUCAAGCUGUCGCUCUUGUAG